GGAAUUGGCAGAUUAAAAUAAUAAUGACUUCAUUAAAUAAAAUCCCCAUUCACAACAUCUGCAUUUUAUGUUUGUUUGAUGAUCUUACACAUUAAAGUGGGGAAACUGCAAAAAAAAACUAAGAAUUUGUGACAGGGCAAAUACUUUUUCCACGGCACUGUACUAAGUAAAAGUGUAAAAUGAGUUAUGUAAAAGGGCAAAGCAUUCAAUAAUAUAUAACACAAAAAGUGUAAGUAAAAAUGUACACAUUUCUAAUAAUAAAAAUCAUAAAAUGUAUUUUAUGGAUAUUUUAAACAAUUUAAAUGACAAAAUGAAUGAAAACUUGGAGCUUAUUACUUAAAACAUUUACAAAUUGAAAUAACGAAAGCAGUUAUUUUAAAAAUAUAAAAGUAAUAGUCUACAUUCGGUAGAAACAUAAAAGUCCUUCCGCAUUUUGUGUCCCGUCCGACAUCUUCAGACAGUAGUGAGUACUUUUACUUCAAACAAUUUGCUACGGCCUAUUUGAAUUACUCAUCUUGAUUCUGAAAUUUUGCUGCGCUUUUCACUUAUCAUGCAAAUGUAUUUUAUUAAUUCACAUUUGCAUGUUGACAUUGAAACUCAGCAUUGGAUUGCAUUUAAAGAGGAAAAAAAAAAAAAAGUGAGACAAGUGGGCCUCACAUUAAUUCAACUGCUUUGUGCUAAUGAUCUGCAUGAAUAAAUAUAUUUUUGAAAAAGUGUACUCAUUAUGAUCUCAUCAAAUUUGAAUCACAAGUACAUUUUUGUUUUGUUUUUGCCUUUAUUUAACCAAGUCCGUCCCAUUGAGACCCAAUGAUCCCCCCCCCCCCCCCAAGGGAAGCCUGGCCAAGACUGCUGUGUUAUAACCUGUGCUAAUUGUUAGCCCGUCUAUGCUUAAUGCUAACACAUACUGCAACGUAAAAACGUUUGCAUGUUUUUACGUUAGAGUAUGUGUUGGCAUUAAACUAGCAGGGGCAUUGUUAAGGCAACAUUGUGUGGUUGUUUUAAAUACGCAACAUGUAAUUCUCUUUGUUUGAUGUUUAGUUUGACAGUAACCUUCAACUAAGGCAAGAAGUAUUCGUUAUCUGCCAAAACGCUGCUUUUUGUGACACGAGUUAACUGCCACCAUACAGCGCUCGUAUCGAAAUUUUUUUGCUCUCAAGUCAAAGCAAAAAAAAAACUCGUAUGUCAAGACCAGUGGCACUCAAAGGGUUGGCACACCCCCGGGCACCACAAAACUGGAAAAUUCGUGACAAGACUGGAUGAGUAGCGAAAACUGCUGCACCACCUGCUCCUUUAAGACUGCAUGUGGUCCACAUCAUCUACGCCCCCCCCCCCCCCCCCCCCAACCCCUGCCCCCUCCUCUGGAGGUGCCCGCUUUGAAAGUUGGACCGGGGAAUUAGCGCUUCCACUGGAGAAGAAGGCGGAGGAAGAGAAUGGGGGUGGUCUCGUAGAGAUUGGACUGCAGCAUGUGUGGGUGGGCUCCAGUGAUCACAACAAAGAGACACACCACACGGACAGACGUCGACAUGCGAAGGAGAGGAAGGUGAACGCGCGGCAGGCUGGGGGGCGGAAUGCCUGCUGGCGGACUUGCGGCGGUCCACACCUCCACCAAGUCCGCCUCCAAGCCCGGACCAUGACGCCCACAUCCCGCACGCUGCUCUUCCUCUUCGUCACACUACUCGUGCUUCUCCUCAUCAUUGGUGAUAUCUCACAAGUGGAACAAGAACGAGAACAAGAAGCCUCAAAUACCGACCAGGCAAAGAUGAAGCGGCUCUUCCCCAGACCACGAAGAAAGACGGCAGCACGCGUGGAAAGCACUUCGUUGGCAACACGGGCUGAAAUGAAUCACCUUCCCCCAGGCUUCACUAACAGCGCCAAGCUCCUAUCAUCCAGCUGGACUUUCAACAAGACCCUGUCCAAGCUCAUCAGGAAGAACAUCCUAAGAUUCCUCGACCCGGAGCGAGACAUCUCCAUCCUGAAGGGCUCGCUGAGACCCGGAGAUGUCGUCCACUACGUCUUCGACCGCCACAGCACCACAAACAUCUCAGAAAACCUCUACCGUCUUUUGCCGAGCGUGUCACCCAUGAAGAACCAGCACCAUCGACUGUGCGCCAUCGUGGGGAACUCGGGCAUCCUGCUCAACAGCGGCUGCGGCCCGCAGAUCGACUCCCAUGACUUUGUCAUUAGGUGCAACCUGGCCCCAGUGGAGGAAUACUCUCAAGACGUGGGGCAUCGUACCAACUUGGUGACCAUGAACCCUUCCGUGGUGCAGCGAGCGUUCCAGGACCUCGCGGACGACGAGUGGCGGCUGCGCUUCGUGCGACGGCUUCAGAGCCUCAGCGGCAGCGUGCUGUGGAUCCCGGCCUUCAUGGCCAAAGGGGGAGAGGAGCGCGUGGAGUGGGCCCUGCGUCUAAUCCUGCAGCACACCGCGGACGUACGCACCGCAUUCCCCUCGCUGCGCCUGCUGCACGCCGUCAGAGGAUACUGGCUGACCAACAAGGUCCACAUCAAGCGUCCGACCACAGGGCUCCUCAUGUACACCAUGGCGACCCGCUUCUGCGAGGAGAUCCAUCUCUACGGCUUUUGGCCUUUCCCCCACGACGCGGAGGGCAAAGCGGUCAAGUACCACUACUACGACACUCUCAAAUACGAGUACACCUCCAGCUCCAGCCCGCACACCAUGCCUCUGGAGUUUCGGACUCUCAACGCUUUGCACCGACAGGGGGCGCUGCGGCUUCACACCGGGAGCUGCGAUGCUGAGGCAGGACCGCAGAAGGAGAGCCAAAAGAACUAGAAGAGUGGAAUAUCACCAUGGAAACAGUUCUUGGUAUGAGCAUGUGGACUACUUUAAUAUCAACUUUCUUUUGAACAAAUUUUCUGUAAGUGCAGCGUGACCCUUUUUCUAUCCCGAGCUCUUUUUGAUGUUAAAUUUACAAAGCAGUUGUUGACUAAAAUUGUGGUAUAAGUCAUGAAUGAGAAUAUAUGAAAUCCAUCCAUCCAUCCAUUUUCUGAGCCGCUUCUCCUCACUAGGCUCGCGGGCGUGCUGGAGCCUAUCCCAGCUGUCAUCGGGCAGGAGGCGGGGUACACCCUGAACUGGUUGCCAGCCAAUCGCAGGGCACAUAGAAACAAACAACCAACCAUUCGCACUCACAUUCACACCUACGGGCAAUUUAGAGUCUCCUCUCCAAUUAAUGCAUGUUUUUGGGAUGUGGGAGGAAACCGGAGUGCCCGGAGAAAACCCACGCAGGCACGGGGAGAACAUGCAAACUCCACAAAGGCGGGACCGGGGAUUGAACCCGGGUCCUCAGAACUGUGAGGCUGACGCUCUAACCAGUCGGCCACUGUGCCGCCAAUAUAUGAAAUCAUAUCCCUUAAUUAACUUAACAGUUCUCAAACAUUUUACACGACGUAAAAAAAAAAAAAAAAAAAUUUAAAAAUCUUCAAAUAACAUGACCAACAUUAAAAUGCAGCAGCAUAGUAGGCCUUCAUCAAAAACAAAACAGAUGUUUCAUUCCUAAAAAGUCAAUCUUAUGUUUUAAGACAAUGUAACAUUUUGCAGUUUGGACAUCAAUACUGUGCUUGAAUAUAGGAAAAUAAAUGAUUCCAUUAAAAUGUAUUACACAUAAGUUAAAUAAAAAUUGCGCAUAAAUAAAUGUUUAAAAACAAACAGUACUUAGAGAUUCAAUGCAAGUGUAUUGAAUUUAACGUUAAAUACAACUGAACCAUACUAAGACAAAGAUUAUUUUUUUGUGUCCCACUAGAGGGAGCCCGCGUACCACUUGUCAAAAUCACUGUCAGUCUUAACUCAUUGAAUGGAAGUACAGGAAGUCCUCGGUUUAUGACGCAGUUGGAGUCCUACAGCGGCGACACAACCCGAAUGUUGGAACGCGCAAAAGCAAGUCAAAACAACAGUUACUAUUUGUGUGAAAAACACUUCCAGGCCAUAACUACAAACCAAUCCAAUGAAAACCAGUAUGGCGGUAACUGAGUGUGCCUUCUUGUGUCUCGUGACCAGUUAUUGCAUGCCGUCCGUAACCUCAAUUAAUCGGUUUUACCUUGGACAAUUAUAAACCGAGGACCCCAUCCGUCCCAGUGUAUAUUUAGAUUGGAUUAGAAAAUAAUUUGCUCCUGCAGUUUACAGUUUGCACCACAAGAUAGAAGCACUAAAACCACAAUCAAAAUCUUUACCUUUUUUUUUUUUUUCUUUAAAAGACGGUCUUUUCAAAACAGUUCCCUACUUUCACAGCUUUGUGCCUGACCAAAAUGUCGAAGGGAUCACGUUGCAUUACCUCGGGAGCCGAAUGAAGAAAAGGGAGAAUGUAGUAUUAUAUCGCGCCUCCCUGAGAAACAAAGUAGGAGUGUAGCAGCUGUCCACACAGCCCUGUUUGUGUAGACUUAACCAAUAGUCAACUCACUUAAAAGAUUGUCAAGAACACCAGCUCUUAGAAUCUAAUUAUCAAAAUGAAUGUACAAGGUAUAUAUUCUUAGAAUUUAGUCCCUUUAUGUGCUUUAAAUGAAUAACGCAACUUAAUUAACAGUGAGAUGAUAAAGGAAUCACUUUAGUGUGCUUAUGUGGGGGGGUUGGGGUGAAUUAAUGUUGUUGUUGUUGUGCCUGAAACCAAUGUACAGUAUUUAAGCAGGUAAUGAUGGGCUAUAACAUAACGAGUAGUAUUAGGACCACACUGAAAAGAAAAUAACGGUACUAUGAAAGGCGAAAAAUAUUCAUGAAGGCAAAAUUUGGCAAGAAAAACAAAUAUACAUUUUCUCAAAAUAUCGUCGUAAUAUUAUACAAACUCAUACUUUUACGAUAGUCCUAAUAGCAGAAAAGUAUAAUGCAAGCAUAAAGUGGUACUAAAAAAAAGUUGAAAAGUGAGUACUGAACGUUUUUAAUGACAUUUUAAUCAGUAUUAAUAUCAAUACCCUUUUUCAUUCUUUUAUUUCAUCAAAAAGUAUGGAAGUUUUAAAGUAAGCCGUAAGGAGUAAAAAAUGUCAGAAUAUUAAAAGGAAUUUCCUCAAUUUACAAUAAAGUUGUCAUAGCACAAAAAAGUUGUAAUUUAGAGCAGUAAAGCUGAUAUAUUGGAGGGGAGGGGGGGGGGGGUCUGAAUUCGACAACAAUAAAGUUGGAAUAUUAGAGGGAAAAAAUGCUGCAUUACAUGACAAAGUGGAAAUAUUACAAAAACAAGUCAUUUUAUGAGGGUAAUGUUAGGAAAAAGCAGCAUUUGGGGGAUUAAUGUAGUAUGAUAUAAAGUAAUCUGAUGAGAACAGUAAGUGUUAUAAUUUUACAGUUGUCACAACUUGUUAUAAUCUUAUCAGUGGUCACAAUACUACUUCAUAACCACAGAAUGUUUAGAAAUUAGUUAAGGGGUUUCUAGACAGGAUAUUCUUGUAAAAGUGUUACACGUUUGAAUUGCCUACCUGAAACUAACACACUUAGGAAAGGAAGAACAAAAAAACAAAAAAAUCUGAAUGUCCAAAUAAAAUAUUUAAACGUAUGUAACUGAGUUGUAGAGAAUAAAGAGUGUACAGUAUCUAUUAUUUUAGGGUUAAAGAAGGCACUUUUUUGCCACUAGCAUCUAGCUUUAUUCAUUUAUUUUUUUUGCAAGGCAAUUUAUGUCAGGGAUAGGGAACCUUUAUCCUAGCAAAGGCCGUGAAGGUUCUCCAUCCCCUCAUUAAGCGGACACAGUUGUACUGUAUUCAAUAUACAUAGUGCUUUGCAGCAAAGCCAUGCACUUCCAAACAUGUUAAGUGUACAAAAAAGUAAUUGUUAUUGUGACAGGAUGUGCCUCAUGGUGCUAAAAAUUAACUUAAGAAUAGAGAAGGCAGAUGUCAGCAGUCUGGGGGCAAUGAAUAACACGGAACCCGUGGAAAACAGACAGAUUCUAGAUUCUGGGAAGUUCAUUUAAUGGCGCAGUUUGCGAGCCUUGCCGUCCUGCUGCUUUUUUUUUUUCUUCCCCAUUCACAUUUAUGUAUUGUCAGAAUUCCAGUAAACAAUAUUAACCUUUGCAUGCUUUUCCUGACACAUGUUCAACAACAACUGAUGUAUUUCUAUUUUCUGAAUCGGAAUUUAACUCAAGGACAUUUCAAGUGUUCAGUUAUGACAACAUGAAUGUAUUUUUGUCAUGGAAAAAAAGAAUGUCUUAAAGCAAGAGACAGUUAAAAGGGUGUUUUUAUUUCACAGACCUGGAAACAGGAGGCCAUUGUGGCGACACUGCAAAAUCCUAUUUUGGAAACCAAGCAGGGAUGCCUUAAAACUCCAUUAAAAGGGUUAACGAAAUUUGCUACACUCUUCAAAAAGAUCACAUCAUAACAAAUUGUUUUACAAGAAGUAUUAAAGGUAGCAGAUGAUUCUGUUCAGAUGAAAUCCCAGAAUAGAUUCAUUGGAUGACCAGGUUUUUUUGUUUUUCUUUCCCCUCUCCCGGUUUUAGAGACAACGUGGCAUCAUUGAGCAAAUCCACUUCACAUUUACUGUACAUUCAGAUAUAGAUUUGACUAUGACACAAUACUGGAAUGAAUAGUGGUUGUGUAUGAAAACCCAUCAACAGUAAACACAAUAUAAAACAUUUAUAAACUUUGUCAGACAUUCAACCCUGCACUCCUAUUUGUAUGUUCAAAAACAGACAAUAAAUGUCCACUAAAGCAUUUUGAAUUUGAUAAAACUA